AUGUCGGAUGCUAAGCAUGAGGAGGUGCAUGGGGUCUCCUCUGCGGUAGAGGAUACUCCGCAGGUCAUUGCUGGGUAUGGAGAAACUACCAAGCGUGAGGGUGCUAAGACUGUGGAAGUUCGCAAUGCCGAGCUUUUUGCUGCUCUUAAGGAAACGGAAAUUCGGACGUGGAGCAAAACCUCCAUUCAUCUUUAUUUCUGUAUCUUCGUUUCCUUCCUUUGCGCAUGUGCCAACGGGUAUGAUGGAUCCUUGAUGAGUUCCAUUGAAUCGAUGAAACACUAUCAGGAUGUGUUCCACACAGGAUUGACUGGCACCAAGGUUUCCGUUGUCACAUCCCUAUACACGGUAGGAUCUAUCGUCAUCACCCCCGUCAGUGCCGUUAUCUCGGAUAAGCUUGGUCGACGCAAGUGUAUGUUCGUUGGUGCCUGGAUCAUUAUUAUCGGGUCUAUCGUGAUCGCCACAUCGAUGACACUAGCUCAAUUUGUGGUCGGACGAUUCUUGCUCGGAGUUGGAAUUCAAGUUAUGGUCGUUUCGGCUCCUGCAUACGCUGUGGAAAUUUCUCCUCCUCACUGGCGUGGUCGUGCUGUGGGUUUCUACAACUGUGGCUGGUUCGGUGGUAGUGUCCCUGCUGCAGCUAUUACCUUCGGAACCAACUACAUCAACUCCGACUAUCAGUGGCGCAUUCCGUUUAUCUUGCAGUGCUUUGCAUGCGUGUUGGUUAUCUUCUUCGUGUGGUUCAUUCCCGAGUCACCCCGAUGGCUCCUCACUCAAGGAAGAGAAGAGGAGGCUAUGGCAUUCUUGACAAAAUACCACGGAAACGGAGACCCGAAUGCUCGUCUUGUUCGCUUGGAAAUGGAGGAGAUGAGAGAAGGUAUUCGAAUCGAUGGUAUCGAUAAAAGAUGGUGGGAUUACCGACCAUUCGUUACAACCCACAGCGGUCGUUGGCGUUUCGCUCAGGUUAUCAUGAUUUCCGUCUUUGGACAAUGGUCUGGUAACGGUCUCGGUUAUUUCAACUCCACCAUCUACAAUGUCCUGGGAUAUACUUCUUCGUCAAUGCAGCUACUGCUUAACCUUAUCAACCAGAUUGUAUCGGCUAUUGGAGCGGGUACUGCCGUGUGUCUGACUGAUCGGAUGCCGCGUCGUCCAGUACUAAUUUGGGGUACUUUAGCCUGCGCUGCCGCAAUGGCCAUCAAUGCGGCUAUCUCGAUUCCUAUUGCUGAGACCGGUACUAUCGACCCUGCCAAAGGUCAAGCGGCUCUAGCAUUCUACUACAUUUUCAACGUUGUCUUCUCUUUCACCUAUACUCCCCUGCAGGGUGUUAUGCCCGCUGAGGCCCUGGAAACCACUACCCGUGCUAAAGGUCUUGCCCUUUCCGGGUUCAUGGUUAGCACGAUCAGUUUCAUCAGUCAAUUUGCCUCUCCAAUUGGUCUCGGAAAUAUCUCGACCAACUACUUUUGGAUUUUCGUUGGAUGGGAUAUUUUUGAGUCAGUGUGCUGGUACUUCUUCUGUGUCGAGUCCCAGGGUCGUACUCUUGAAGAGCUUGAGUGGGUGUACCAGCAACCCAGCCCGGUUAAAGCAUCUCUGAACUUCGAUAAGGUUGUUGUGCAACAGGAUGGAACUGUCACGGAGAAAAUUGAAGCUGGAGCUUAG